UUGGAUUUUGCUGUUUCCCUUGAGAUGACGUCUGCGAUCGCUCUGCUAAUUUUGUCAGCGCUUCUAAGCCUCGGAAAACUUGGAUUCGCUGGAUUUCUGGACUCACAAUGUAUACCACCAUAUGGGCCGAGAGUUAUUGGUGGUCAAAACGCGAGAAGAUCUCCUUGGAUGGCAUAUUUAAUUCGCAACGGAGGUUUUGCAUGUGGCGGUUCACUUAUUGCAUACCGCUUUGUUCUUACCGCAGCUCAUUGUACGCAGAUAAACGAUAACUUAUAUGUUAGAUUGGGAGAGUACGAUUCCUCGAGGACAACAGAUGGCCAGACUACCGACUAUCGAGUUGUAAAUAUAUAUCGUCAUGAGCACUACGUAAGUUUCCAACACGAUGAUAUUGCAGUGCUUAAAUUGGAUCGGACAGUGGUCUACAACGCUGCAGUCAGACCGAUCUGCAUUUUUACGAAUACUGGAUUCCAGUCCACCGCAGACAGGAUACAGGACUUUACCUUAACCGGCUGGGGUCAGAGUGCCCAGCACUAUGAAAUGCCUACAACGCUCCAGGCAAUGUCCCUCCAUCGGGUGGAGAAACACUUUUGCGGGGCACCAAGUAACACUAUAUGUUGCAGGAAUCCCUCGAAGUUUGCUUGCUUCGGGGACUCUGGAAGCCCAUUGGGAGCACUGCUGAAGUAUAGAGGCGUCUACAUCUUUGCCCAAUUCGGAAUUGUUAACUCAGUUACGGGAAAUUGUGACGGCUACAGCAUACAUAUGGAUCUUACUAGUUAUAUGGCCUGGCUUUUAAAUACAUUGCGAAGGAACUGGUACUGACAUGAUGGUUAGUUAAUAAAAACAAAAUCAAAACCUUUA